ACAGACUUCCGGCAUUCCGAAUGCUCCAGCAAAAUGGCAACAAGUCAGCAGCCUUUUGAGGAAUGGCUUUGUGCAAAACUCUUAUCACUGGACCCAGAAAUCGAUACUGAUGUAUUUGUUAUGUACAUUAACGGAAUUUUGGAGACAGACGAUCCUUCCGAUGAAAAGAAAGAAUCUAUGUCAGAAAUUUUAUCAGAAGUAUUUCCAGAAAACUCUUCUGAUAUUUGUGCUGAAGUUUACAGUAAAUGGGAAGAAAUAAAUGGCUUAGCUGCAUCAAAAGACAAUUCAGAUUCAGAGAAUUUGGCAAAACAGUUAUCCAACAUGUUAGAAAACCAAAAAAUAGAAUCAGUAAAACCUAAAGAGAAUCUGAGUAAGGAAGAGAUAGAAAGAAAGGCAGCUAUUUUAGCACAAUACUCCCAGGUGUCUGAUGAAGAAGAUGAUGACAGACCAGUUGAUCCAGGAGGAGAUAAUCAAGACAAUUCUUUGUUACAGAAAAACGUCAAUGCUGAAAGUGUAGCUAAGGUAGAGAAAGAAAAAAGAGAAAAAUCUAAGAUGGAAUCUGACAAAAAGAAAGAAAAAGAUAAAACGGACAGAGAAGCCCAGAAACAAAAACAGACGGACAGAAAAGAAAGCGAAAAGAAAAGAACACAGAAAGGAGAAAGAAGGAGAUAGCAUUCAAUUGUUAUUUUAGAAUUUAUUGAAUUAGCUAUAUAGUAAUUGUUAUUGUUGAAGAACUAGUGUCAAU